AUGGUUCGGAAGACGGAGAUCAUUGACAUUCGCGUCGGUUCUACCGACUUUGACAUGGUGGCAGAUAUCAAGAAAGGCCUCAAGCCAGAGAACGGCGGCGAGAAGAGGCUCCCUACUCUGUUGCUGUAUGAUGAGGCUGGGUUGCGACUAUUCGAGAAAAUCACUUACCUUGAGGAGUACUACCUGACCAAUGCUGAGAUCGAGGUUUUGGAAACCUAUGCCGAACAGAUUGCGCGCAGGAUCCAAUCAGGCUCUGUCCUGGUUGAGCUUGGCAGUGGAAAUCUGCGAAAGGUCAAUAUCCUUUUGCAAGCCAUUGACCGUCUCGGAAAAGAUGUAGAAUACUACGCGGUUGACCUCUCUUUGCCAGAGCUAAAGAGAACGUUCUCUGAGAUACCAACUGAUGGUUACAAGCACGUGAAGUGCUUUGGCCUACAUGGAACAUACGACCAUGCAUUGGAGUGGCUGAAGUCCUCCAGUGUCAGAGAUAAGCCAAAGACUGUUCUGUGGCUCGGCUCCAGUCUGGGUAACUUCAAGCGACACGAAGCAGCACCGUUCCUUGCCGGAUUUUGCGAUGCUAUCAAGCCUGGUGACACCAUGCUCAUCGGUAUCGACUCUUGCAAGAAUUCAAGUCGUGUAUAUCAUGCCUACAACGAUGGGCAGAACGUGACACACGAAUUCAUUCUGAACGGCUUGAAGCACGCGAAUAAGCUCAUGGGCAGCGAAGUAUUUAACAUUGGGGAGUGGGAGGUCAUUGGAGAAUUCGAUGAGGAAGCCGGGCGCCAUCACGCAUUCGUUGCACCAUUGAAGGAUGUCAUUGUCGAAGGUGUUGAGGUCAUGAAGGGCGAGCGGAUCCGGAUCGAAGAGAGCUAUAAGUAUAGCCGUGAAGAGAUAUUGGAACUGUGGGAGGGCGCUCGCCUUGCUGAGAACGCAGUCUGGUCCAAUGACAGAGGUGAUUACGGGUUACACUUCGUCUCGAAACCCGCUGUCUUCUUUCCCACGAAGCCUAGCGUGUAUGCUGCACAGCCAGUACCAUCUCUUGUUGAGUGGCGCGAGCUGUGGAAAGCCUGGGACGCCGUCACCCGCCAAAUGAUCCCCGAAGACGAGCUGCUCUCGAAACCGAUCAAUCUCCGCAAUGCCUGCAUCUUCUACCUAGGUCACAUCCCUACCUUCCUCGACAUUCACAUGGCAAGAGCCACCGAUGGCAAAGCUACGGAUCCUGCCUACUUUCAGCAAAUCUUCGAGCGUGGCAUCGAUCCGGAUGUAGACGACCCAGAAAAAUGCCACGUGCAUUCUGAGAUUCCUGAUACCUGGCCACAUCUUGAUGAAAUCCUGACCCAUCAGCAAGCGAUUCGUGAGAGAGCAGAGACUCUCUAUACAUCCGGGGCAGUGGUUAACAAUCCCCAAGUAGCACGCGCAAUGUGGCUUGGUUUCGAACAUGAGGCUAUGCAUCUUGAAACCCUUUUGUACAUGCUUGUACAAAGUGACAAAGUUCUUCCUCCUCCUGGAACCACUGUUCCGGAUUUUGCCGCUCUCGCAAAGCGAUCUGCAGCGAACGCUGUCAAGAAUGAAUGGUUCAACAUUCCUGAAACAGAAAUCAGUAUUGGUUUGGAUGAUCCAGACAGCGACUCAACCACCAAGCGCUAUUUCGGCUGGGAUAAUGAGAAGCCUGUACGCUCGGCUAAAGUAAAGUCGUUCCGUGCCAGGGCACGCCCAAUCACGAAUGGUGAGUACGGAGCCUACCUCACAAAGACCGGAAGUACGGCCAUCCCUGCAUCUUGGUGCGAGGGAAGGGAUCUCAGUGAAACUACACGUGCGGUAAACAAGAGAGACAGUGUCAUAAAUGGCCUCCAAAACAACACCAAUGGCUCAGUGGUGAACGCCACUGAUGGAAAGUAUGUGAAGACAGUAUAUGGCAUGGUGCCGCUCAUGUACGCGCUUGAUUGGCCUGUUGUUGCUUCUUACGAUGAGGUCGCCGGCUGUGCGCAGUGGAUGGGUGGACGCAUUCCCACGAUGGAGGAAGCACGAAGCAUUUACAGUUAUGUUGAAACGUCGAAGAACAAGGAGCUUCAAGCUUUGGGUAACACAAUUCCGGCGGUGAACGGACACCUCAUCAACAACGGUGUAGAUGAGACACCACCAUCCAAGCCUUUGUCGAAUGGCGACUCUAGCGCAGCUACUGGUCACACUCCUAAUCCGCACGAUCUCUUCAUCGAUCUCGAAGGGACGAAUGUGGGUUUCAAACACUGGCAUCCUGUCUCUGUAGUCGAAAAGGGCAAUAAGCUCUGCGGCCAAUCAGAUCUGGGUGGUGUUUGGGAAUGGACCAGUACUGUGCUAGAGAAGCAUGAUGGCUUCGAGCCGAUGAAGCUGUACCCAGGCUACACAGCGGACUUCUUCGAUGGGAAACACAACAUUACGCUAGGAGGAUCCUGGGCGACAGUACCUCGCAUUGCAGGUCGCAAGACCUUUGUGAAUUGGUAUCAACGCAACUACCCUUAUGUGUGGGCAGGCGCUCGCGUCGUGACUGAUGCAUAG